AUGACGGGAAAGAAAAGUUUGAGAGUUCAUAGUGAGAAGUUGGCAAUUGGGUUGGCAGUGGUCUGUGGUGAGCUGGAGAAGGGGAAUGAGGCAAUUCGAAUUUUCAAGUACUUGAGACUAGCUGAAAAAGUCAUGUCGGAAAAGGAAGCAAACCCAACGUUUAGCAAGUCGACUGGCCUGCCUCGGAAGCGUUUCUACCGAGCAAGAGCACACAGCAACCCUCUGAGUGACUCCCACUUUCCAGUACCUAUCUCCCCAGGUCAAGUGGAUUAUUCUCUUCAUUACCCGCAACACUUCCCCUCAUCUGAUCAAGUGGAUAGCGGUAAAAAGAUCCAGUUUGCAGAUAUUGGUUGUGGUUUUGGGGGACUGCUGAUAAGUCUUUCAACCCUUUUCCCCGAGACGCUGAUGAUUGGAAUGGAGCUUAGAGAUAAGGUGACAGAGUAUGUCAAGGAAAGGAUCUUGGCUUUAAGGGUGACAAAUCCUGGCCAAUACCAAAAUAUCUCAGUGGUUCGGACUAAUUCCAUGAAAUACAUUCCAAAUUACUUUGAGAAAGGACAGCUUUCGAAGAUGUUUUUCUUGUUCCCAGAUCCUCACUUCAAAGAGAAAAACCAUCGCCGUAGGGUGAUCAGUCCAUUCCUACUGGAUGAGUAUGCUUAUGUUCUAGAAGUUGGUGGGAUUAUAUACACAAUUACAGAUGUUGAAGAACUUGGCGACUGGAUGAAGGCUUGCUUGGAGAAUCAUCCUAUGUUUGAAGCUCUCACAGAUGAAGAGCUCAAAGCCGAUCCAGUUACGAAGCUAUUGAGUUCUGCAACCGAGGAAGGACAGAAGGUUGACAGAAAUGGGGGACAGACUUUCCGAGCGGUUUACAGACGCAUUGCACCAGCCCUAUGA